UACAUGAAGUUAUCCUUUUAAUAAACAUAGCAUGGGAAUCUAUUUAGCUUUAUAAAGCCUGCUUUUUCAGCUAUAGGAAAGUGACCUGGGUAGGCUGUAGGUAGAAAGCUUAGUUUAAGCACCACUCAAUGAAAUCACAUUUAAUUAUGAUAGCAAUGUACUAUAAUAUUAGGGAUCCUAACCAAGACAGCAGAAAGACUGAAUAUAUUGCUCUGUGUAUUUGUGAUUAGUACAUAUUAUGGGAUUUUUAAAAGCCAGAUGACAGUUACUUGACUGAUGUAUUAUUCCGCUGAACAUAUGUGACCCCUUGAAAUGAAAGCAAAACCUAUAUUGCACAGCUGGAAAUGGGAACAGUAAGGCUAAUACCUGUUUUAACAGGGCAGUUAAGUGCAUGUCACCAAGGCAUCAGUUUCUGGGCAACAGACAUAGAUCCUUAACAAAGCCUUAGCAGAGUCGCUACUAGUUGCAGUACCGAUGGAGAGCAUCAUGAGUAUCAGAGAAUUAAAAGUGCUUCAGUUGGAGGCUAGAUUAGGACUCCUAUCAGAUACUAUAGAUCUUUUCUAUAGUAACCAGAACCUUGUAGUUGAAGCUGCCAUGAAAAAAAAAUGUAUAGCAAUUGUGGCAAUUGCUGUUUUUCUCCAUUGAGGGAGAACAGAAGAGUCAAGCCAUUGAGGACACAGAGCCUGAUCCUCUACUGCUUUGCAUUUCUCAUACCAUAAAGUGAAUAAAUAGGAACAGAAGCAUUUUGCCCAGUGGCAAAUAACUGCAGGGCAGAGAGAGUCAAGCCUCUUGUGUCCCUCUCCAGGAGCGAUUGCAUUUAAAAAUAGAAAAGCAAAAUCAGAAUGGACAGAAGGCUCAGAAAGCCAAUGAGAAUUACAAACAGGGAUUUAAAGAUAAAGAGAAGAUCUUAAUUAGAUCUCCACCAACCUGUAGAAAAACACAUUUGGAUUAAAAUGAAAUAGAGCUUUGUAUUUAGGUUUUCAGAGCAGGCAUGGUGAGGGGAAUUAUUUAUGUUUGCCAUUUGUGAAGGUAGAUUGCUUUUUCUGCAAAACUCUCUUUUUAACUUUCAACCUUUUCAGAACACUGCUAAAAGCUGCUGGUAGGGGUGAUUCUGAUCACACUAUAUAAAGGAAGUGCUCCCGUGGAUAAAAAGCAGGCAGCAUUUCCUAGUUUAAUAUCAUCCUUCCCAUGUUAACUCCUUUUCACAUUUGUAAACGGACCCAUCUAGUGUUCAGGGGCAUGCAGUAAACCUUGCCUUAUUUCACCACCACAAUUACAUUCCUUUUUGUGAACAUCCAUCAAUAUUUAAUAUAGAGGUGUCAGCUUGCCUGUAACGUGAGGACCUAAUAGGGACCCUGAAUUAUACAUCGCAUGGUUGGGGGAAACCAAAGUGACUUUUCUUAUAAACCCAAAGUUCUCCUGGCUGAGGUGAUUUCUGGAAGCUGCUACGUGAAAUCCAUAUCAAUGGAUGAUCCUCAGAAGAAACUUAGCCAGAAGCAUGAGGGAAGACCCCGCAAAGUGAGAUUCAGAAUAUCUUCUGCGUACAGUGGUCGGGUGUUAAAGCAAGUCUAUGAAGAUGGCCAAGAACUGGAGCCUCCAGAGAAAGAAUAUUCCCACCGCUUUCUCCACCGCAGCUUUGAGUCAGGGGACCAUUUUUAUGGGGCUGGAGAAGCAUCCAAUCCCAGGUUUUAUUCUUCAGCCAAACUGACUGCCCAAAGGAUCAGUAUAUUCAAAGAGGACAACAAGUACAGUAUAACAAGCAACUCUCCUCUCUUCAGUGACUACCAGACAAGUGAUAGUCAUCAUAAGCCUUCACCCAUUUUAGAUUUUGGUAAGAUCAUCAUCUACACUAACAACCUGAAAAUCAUCCGUGCACCAACAGACAAGAAAGAGCUGGUGAGGAAAAUCAUCCAGAAUGAGGGCCUGAAUGACUUCAUGUUCCGAGAAGGGAAAACGGGAGAUGCUGAGCCAAUCAAUAGGCAUUUGAGAGAUGCAGAAAGGCACUUUGCUCACAGUCAGCGUGGACAGGGAGGAGACAUAGAGCGCCGCUGCUCCCUGUGCAAAGGAUCAGGCUCUGCCCCCUGCUCUCUGUGCCAUGGAAGCAAGUUUUCGAUGUUGGCUAAUAGAUUUAAAGAGUUCAGGGCUCUCCGCUGUCCUGCUUGCAAUGAAAAUGGCCUGCAACCUUGCCAGAUCUGUGCUGCAUAAUUGUAUCUCAGCAGCAUCCUACUGAAACCUCCAUCUAUGUUACUUGUCUUCAAUUAAAUAGUUGUAUAACAACAGAAGGUUAUUAAAAGUUGGCAAAGGUGUACAUGCAAAUCUAUCCCUAUUACUUCAUUUACUUGUCCCUGAUUUGGUACAUUCACCUGUUACAUAUGUUAAUGAAGGUAGGCCCCAAUCUUGCAAAUGCUAACAUGUAGUAUUUAACUUCACAUGUUGGAGUAGUCCCGUAAGUCAGAGAAUCUACCUACAUGCUUCAGGUCACGCCCAUGUGUAAAUGUUGACAGAAUCUGGGCCUGUAAUUUGCUGGGGUUAAUAUUUCUGUCUAUUUCUGUAUACACAUAUAUUGUGCAGCACAAUGAGGUCCCAAUCUUUGAGGGUAUUAAGCACUCUUGUAACAAAAUAAUAGUAACUAGUAGCAGACAGCAGUGCCUUAAGCAUGUAAAUAAUUUGUUGAACUGAAAAACAACAGUGUAGCAAUCUUAUAAAGCCUGCUGUCAAGUUUAAAAUGCUGAACAUACAAACAUUGCACUGUAUUUUGCAAUUAAAUCUAUAUUUAUUCCUGCAGUGGUGCAUGUAUUUCCAAUAGAUGUAGCUUAUUUCAGUUCUACUUCUGUGUUAUACAGAGAUUCUUUUAGCAUAUAAUUCAGGUAGCAGAAGCUGUUUCCAAGUCUAGAGUCAUAAUGAUAAAUGAUCACUGUGAAACUUGAAACAUAAAUAAAUAGAAAAACCAGAGAGUUUUAUAUGUUGGUUCUGAUUUGUGCUGACCCACAUUUCCCUUUGAUGUCAGUCGGAGUUCCAGGUGCUCAGUACUUUUCAGAAUCAGACUGUUGAUGAAUAGGGCUCCUGAUACCUAUUAUUAAUCUGGUGUUGUAAUUUGCAAAAUGCAAACUCUAAUUAAUUUCAAUGAAGCGGCAAUGCUGAAUACUUAGCAGGAUACAAGUGGCAGCAUGGAACACAAGGGCUUUGUAGAGUGGCAGUCAACAGGGGAAAUUGUUUUUUUUUUCUUCUGUUUAUUACAUUUGAUAUUCAUGGGCAAUGUUAAUGCAGGUUUAGCUUCCAUAUUACCUCUGAGACCCUGAUGAGUUAAGAGACUUCUUACAUGCUGUACAUGCUGAGGUUGCAAGCUGAGACAAGGUAAUUUAUGGCCAAGUUUUCACUUUGGUAGGUGUACAUCACAAUUUUUGUCUGAGACAUCUAGAU